AUGGAUGAUACUGGAUGGGUAGUGGACGAAGCUACGGGAAUAGUGCCGCAUCUGCUUCCACCGCCCCUUCUCACUGACCAAGACCUUGUACCUCUCGGUGACGAAUGGCAAAAUGCUGUUCCUGGCAGAGAUCUUAUCAAGAAGACUGAUGGGACCUUUGAGCCGUUUUCAUCACCUUGGACUACGCGACAAAUUGUCCCGCCUUUGUCGAUAAACGACCGGAAUUUUUGGGCAAAGGUAUUACAUUUUACACUUGCUUAG